AGCAGGAGGAGGAGGAAGAGAGAAGGAUGAGAAAGAGGAGGAAGAGAUGACGCCACCAGAGGCUGCAGAGAUGCUAACAGCUCCGACAAACACAAAACCCUGAAGGAGUGUUAACAGCAUCCACAGACAGAGAGACAGGCAGACAGACAGGCAGGCUGACAGACAGACAGCGGAAGAGGUUGAUGCUGACAGCUCUUGCACACACACACAGCUGCAUUGCAGCUAGCUACUCCUGGUAUGCUGUUGAGAGAAGGCUAAUCUGCUGACACACAAACACACACACACGAAGCAAUGUGGCGCCCACAACUCCUGAUUGGACAGUAAGUGAUUCAUCUGAGAGUGUGUGCGUCUGUGUGCACGCGCCUGUGUGUGUCUGCCCAGUUUGACUGCAGAUGCUGCUGUGUGUGAGGCGAUGAGUGCAGCUCCUGCAGGUUGAUGCUGUCAUAGACAGUCAUGCACUCACCUGUCUCUGGGUCACAUGAUCAUACCUCAUGCGGUUUCAGGUGAAGCAGCAGGUAUGCUCACAGCUCAUGGCUGCACAUGUGCACGUGUGUGCUCUCACAUAUGCGUGUGUUUUUAGUUCGUGCGUGAACAGGUCCAGAUGUAGUCACAGCCCAGAUUCAUGCACAGCUCACUGAGGGGGCGGGGCCCACAGCUGGGAACAUGUCAAAGCGUGGAGCGGGAGGGCGGGGCAAGGGAGAGCGCCCGGACACCAUGGCAUCCCUUCAGGCAGCGAAUGAAGAGUUAAGAGCAAAACUAACGGACAUCCAGAUUGAACUGCAGCAGGAAAAGAACAAGGUGAGCCGUCUGGAGAGGGAGAAGAGUCAAGAGCUCAAAGCAGAGCAUCACCGUGCAACGGUGACUGUGACAGAACUCAAGACUAAACUCCACGAGGAGAAGCAGAGAGAGCUGGCAGUUACCAGGGAGACCUUACUGAGGCAACACGAGAUGGAGCUGAUGAGGGUCAUCAAGAUCAAAGAUGGAGAGAUCCAGCGGCUGAACGGCCUGGUGCUAACGCUACGAGACGGAUCCACAGACAAGGUGAGGAGCUCCCUGAUGGCCGAGGUGGAAGACUCCAGGAGGAGCUGGGAGGCAGAGCGAGUUCGUCUGCAGCAGGAGGUUCAGGAGCUGCGAGCAGCAAAGAAGAGCACAGAAGAAGUGCUGACAUUGGCUCAGCAGGCUUGCCAGGCCCGUACAGCGGAGCUCCGGUCAGCCCACAACCAGCACCAAGAAGAGCUCAACCGGACCAAGCGGGACUGUGAGAGAGAGAUCCGCCGACUGAUGGAUGAGAUAAAGCUGAAGGACAGAGCUGUCAGUGUUUUGGAUAAAGCCCUGGGGCUGCAGGCGGGUCACGCCCACCGCCUCCAGCUGCAGACUCAGGCUGCUGAGCAGCAAAUUGCAGCCCUCAGAGAUGCUCAGAGAGCCAGGCUAAACCAGUGCACCAGUAGCCCCUCACCUAACAAUUCUCCCUCAAUUUCGCAGGAGGAUCGCGACAUGCGCCGCUUUCAGCUGAAGAUUGCUGAGCUGAGCGCUGUCAUCAGGAAGCUUGAAGAUCGCAACGCUCUGCUGUCCGAGGAACGCAACGAGUUGCUAAAGCGCCUACGGGAGACAGAAAGUCAGUUUCUUCCCCUUUUGGACAAAAACAAACGUCUGAGCAGGAAAAAUGAAGAGCUGGCGCUUGCACUACGACGUCUCGACAACAAACUUCGAUUUGUUACCCAGGAAAACAUGGAGAUGGUAACUAUGAGAAGGCCAAGCUCUCUUAAUGACCUGGACCGCAGCCAGUCUACCAGUUACCAUGGUUACAGCCAAGAUGAGAGAGAGAUGGAAUUUCUGAGGUUACAGGUGAUUGAGCAGCAGCACGUCAUCGACAACCUAUCGAAGGCUCUGGAGACAGCUGGCUACGUAAAGACUGUAAUUGAGAGAGACAUGCUUCUGCGACACAGACGGCAAGAGUCCGUGAGGAGGAGGAGGAGCUUCAGAGCGUGCAGGGUCAUAGAGACAUUUUACGGUUACGAUGAAGAGGCGUCAGUAGAUUCUGAUGGAUCGUCUUUGUCUUUUCACACUGAUAAAACUCCAGACACGGAGCCGGACGAGGGGUGUGCACGUGAAGACGCAGAGCUGCGUUACCGACAGCUGACUCAAGAGUACCAGGCAUUGCAACGAGCGUAUGCACUACUGACUGAAACAAGUGGAGGCCCAUGUGACCCGGAGAAAGAGAUCAAGACAAGAGAGCAGCUGAUGAGUGAAAUCAGGCGAUUUCAGAGUCGAGUGUCUGAUCUGGAGUCAGCGCUGACACAACAAGGACUGGACGUCAUGUGGGUGGAGGAAAAGCAGGCACUUUAUCGAAGGAAUCAAGAGCUGGUGGAGAAGAUCCGGCAGAUGGAAGCCGAGGAGAUGCGGCUGAGAGACGACAUCCAAGAUAUCAGAGACCAGAAUGAACUACUGGAGUUUAGGAUCUUGGAGUUGGAGGAGAGAGAGCGCCGCUCACCUGGCCUGAACUUUCAACCGCUACACUUCCCAGAAGGUCUCAGUCCUCUGCAGAUCUACUGUGAGGUUGAAGGAGUUACUGACAUUGUGAUCAGCGAGCUGAUGAAGAAGCUGGACAUUCUAGGAGAUAACGCCAAUCUGUCCAAUGAGGAGCAGGUGGUGGUCAUCCACGCCAGGACAGUCCUCACGCUGGCAGAAAAGUGGCUGGAGUCAAUUGAAGUCACAAAGACGGCUUUGCAGCAGAAGAUGUUGGACAUCCAGAAUGAGAAGGAUCUGUUCAGGAAGCAGAAAGGAUAUCUGGAUGAGGAGCUUGACUACAGAAAGCAGGCCAUGGAUCAGGCCCAUAAGAGGAUUCUGGAGCUGGAGGCCAUGCUGUUUGAGGCUCUGCAGCAGCAGGACGGGUCCAGGACUGGGGAACUGAAGAUGGAGGAAGGUCGACUGUCUGACACCCUCACAGAAGAAGAGAGGGAGGGGCUGAAAAAAGCCAUGGACCAAUGGAAAAGAGCGGUUAUGUGUGAGCUCAGAGAGAGAGAUGCCCAGAUCCUGCGGGAGAGGAUGGAGCUGCUGCAGCUCACCCAGCAGAGAAACAAGGAGCUCGAGGAGUUCAUAGAAGCACAGAAACGACAGAUCAAAGAGCUGGAGGAGAAGUUUCUCUUUCUCUUUCUGUUCUUUUCUUUGGCCUUCAUCCUCUGGUCCUAAAUGCUGCAGGCCUUCGGGGACCUGCAGCUGAACAACUCUAACCAAACCGGGUGAGCUCAGUUUGGUCUAGACCACAUCCUGGAGGGUUCUGAGGGUUCCUAAUCAGCCACACCAACUGAUGCUUUGUGCCUUCGCCAGUGUUGGAGAUGAACUUCUCAGCGGUCUUUGUCACAGAUGUGUCUCAUCAUCCCAGACCACCACUGUGCUGACCAGCAGGGAAAGGAGGGCAGCAAAGGUCAGGCUUCCAACCACAGGAAGUUCUGCUGAGGGAACUCCAGCUCGUGAGCACAUCAGGGACCAAAGCAGUGCUGGACGGUGCUCUGAGGGUCCAUUUCUCGGACCAUCAGGGGUCAUCCAGGUCCCUCAGAUGUGGGAGGGAUUUCCUGCAUGCAUCAGGACUCUGAGCUCUUAUUGGCUGAGUGAAGAAAAAUACUAACAGAACAUUAAACCAACACGGUUUGUUUUCUUACUGAAGACUGAAGGAGGAAACAUCAGGAGAUACCUGCUAGUGUCACUGAAAAAUACCCAAAACGUGGUUCUGAACAUUCAACUCGUGAAGGUGCUACUUCAUCUUGAUUCAAGUUUAUACAAAGGCCAAACAGAGUCACGAGAUCUACAGCUACCAGGUUUAGAGGAUCAUGGCUCACAAGGUCCGGAAGUUUCCUUUCACCUUGAGAACAUUCAGAUGACCUGGGUUCAUGCAGGUCCGUGUGGAGGAUGCAGGAGAAUUUGACAGCCCUAACAGGAUCCACUUACUGAUAAACUAUCAUCUGGGAUUUUCUUUUCCAUCACCUGGAUCCUUUUGUGGAUCUUUUUACCCCAAAGUGGACCAACAUUCUGACACCCCAGAACCCCCCAAGAGGAGUAAAACUGUGUCAUUGCUGUUUGAUGUCCCACACCUGUCAUGAUGGGUUAAGCUCCUCUUCAGGUCCAUGAGGUCCGACGGGACCUCCUGAACCAGCAGAGGGCAGCUGUGUCGUCUGCUCUUUGUCUGAGCUCUGCUUUUGCUGUGUCCUCUAUGUUCAAAGGUGGAUACUGAUGAUGGACUUUUUAUUCCAGAUGAUAUUUUUCUAUGCCUGCUGUGAGUUAACAUGUGAGGAGAUGGACGUUCAUCUUAUUAAAGCUGCUGAAAUGUG